AAAAGCCGGUCUACAUUUUUUUCUCAUUUCUGAGCCCGCCUUCUUCAUCAUCUUCAUCAUCUUCAUCAUCUUCAUCGGAGCUUCUUCUGUCUCCUCAAAAUGGCCAAUGCAGCAUCGGGAAUAGCCGUGAAUGAUGAUUGCAAGCUGAAGUUUUUGGAACUCAAAGCAAAAAGAACCUAUCGCUUUAUUGUGUUUAAGAUCGAAGAGAAGCAAAAGCAAGUUGUCGUAGAGAAAGUUGGCGAGCCAACACAAAGUUACGAGGACUUUGCUGCAAGCCUUCCUGCAGAUGAAUGUCGUUAUGCUAUCUAUGAUUUUGACUUUGUUACCGAAGAGAACUGUCAGAAGAGCAGAAUCUUCUUUAUUGCCUGGUCCCCUGAUAAUUCAAGAGUCAGAAGCAAAAUGAUUUAUGCCAGCUCCAAAGAUAGAUUCAAGAGAGAACUGGAUGGAUUUCAGGUCGAGCUGCAAGCAACCGAUCCGACUGAGAUGGGGCUUGAUGUCAUUCGAAGCCGAGUUGGCUGAAUGCUACAUCGACCGAUUCAGGUGAACGGCAUCAACAUCCCUGCAUAUCUUCUGUUCGAGGUGAACGAGUGUCUUGGUCGUGGUUUUGUGGUAUAUAAUGUGUUUUGGAUUUAUGUUCUAAAUGGUCUUUUGUAUGAGUUCGAGCUAAUAAGGCUCUUAGUUUUUCAACUAUAUAUACAAUUUCAUCCUUUAGGGAGAUAUUGCAGCAGAAUGCCAUCAGAUUCCAGCUGCUGUUCUACCUAUGCUCCACAGAUUGAUAUACAAGAGGAUUGGAUAUCCGUACUUGAGCAAAUAUUGGUGUAAUUUUCCUUUAGCGUUCUUCUUUAGAAGCUGAGAAAAGUAUUUAUUUGCUUGGAAGUAAUCGCCCUACUUUUUAUAUU